GCCGCUGGGGGGCGCUGCCUGUAGCACCGGCUCCUCCCUCCCGCCAGGCUCCGCCCGGCCGCCCUCCCGGCCGCCGUCUCUGCCGCCCUUCCUUCCUCCCGCCGCCGCCCGUCGCGCACCGCUCCGGGAGCCCAGCGAGGGCCUGCACCGCGGUCCUGCUUGUAGGCAGCUGAUCGCCGCCUCGCCGCGUCCCCGUGCGUGCUCGGCCCAGCCCCAGCCAUGUCCAAGCCACCACCUAAACCGGCCAAACCAGGGCAGGUUAAAGUGUUCAGGGCCCUGUAUACAUUUGAGCCCAGAACGCCAGAUGAACUGUACUUUGAAGAAGGAGAUAUCAUUUACAUCUCAGACAUGAGUGAUACAAAUUGGUGGAAAGGAACUUGCAAAGGGAGAACUGGACUAAUUCCAAGCAACUAUGUGGCAGAGCAAGCUGAGUCUAUUGAUAACCCACUGCAUGAAGCUGCCAAACGUGGCAACCUGAGCUGGUUGAGAGAGUGUUUGGAUAAUCGAGUUGGAGUCAAUGGCUUAGACAAAGCUGGAAACACAGCUUUGUACUGGGCAUGCCAUGGAGGCCACAAAGAUAUAGUGGAUGUUCUGUUUACCCAGGCAAAUCUAGAGUUAAACCAACAGAACAAAUUGGGAGACACAGCUUUGCAUGCUGCUGCAUGGAAAGGUUAUGCAGAUAUUGUAGAGAUGCUGCUGGCAAAGGGGGCAAGAACAGAUCUGAAGAACAAUGAGAAGAAACUGGCUUUAGAUAUGGCAACCAAUGCAGCUUGCGCUUCCCUGCUUAAGAAGAAACAGAGUGCAGGUACAGUCCGAACAUUAAGUAACGCAGAGGAAUACCUCGAUGAUGAAGACUCUGAUUAGCUUUUUUGAUUCAGCUUGAGGAACUAUAACUUGUGUUUCCUAUGUCAUUCCCAAAAUAUAUCUUUACAACUGUAAAAAUGUUUUUCUUAGACUGUUGCAGUCUUCCAAUAUAGUAUAUAAAUGAGAGGAUGAAAUCAUGCUUUCCAGAGGAAUAAUCUUCAUGUGUGCCAGAAGGUGCCACAUUUUAAAUCAGAGUUCCUUUGGAAUAAUUUCACAGGUGAAAUAUGGCAUACCCUUGUUGUUGAACGGACAGAGGACCACCUUCUAAAUUCACAGGUUUCAUCUCAGGCCUUCCCAGCAAGUGCCUUGUGUCUCUUGAAUACACUCCUCAAACUGAAAGGUCCCUCCAGGAUAGCAGGACAUCACUGCUGUAAUUUCCCAAAAUCUCCCUGGAUGUAGGUUCUGUUGUGCGGAUAGUACUGGCAGAGUCAGUACUGGCUGACAGGCAUGAGUAGAGAUGCUGCUGUAGAAAGUGACCAUCUUUUGCCCACACAGAACCAACAAGACAAGGUUUGAGAUAUAUAGAAUUUUUAUAUAUAUAUAUUAUUAUUUCCCCCCUCCCCCAUUCCUUUGUGUACCCCUCUAAGUAAGGGGUAGAAUGACAUGGGAUCAUCUGCCCUGGACGCUUUGUUUUCUCUAUUGCUGUGGGCUCAAUCCCUGAAAUGUAAACUCAGGUGAAAUGCUUGCUGAAGUCAGUUUUGCUUGACAAAUACGCUUAAUGUUGGACUUAACGACUUGAUUAUUUUGCUUUUUGAAGUGCUUUGUGCUGAAACUAUUCUUAGUGAAAGGAAGACAGAAUAUUUUUCUAUUUAUCCUGCAUAUCUUUUUUUUUUACUGAUCUCUUGCUUUUAUUUUUUAAAAGUGUUCUUAUGUUUUUUUCCUACAUUACCUCAAAGCUUAAGUAUAUUUGAAGGAAUGAGGGAAGAUGUAUAUCAAAUAUACCACAGGAAUCUUUAGAAGAGGUAUUUGAAGCUGAAUAAACAUUUUAAAAAUGUGUUGCUUCUUCCUGUGAAUUAAAGAGAACUAAAAAAUAAAUUAGGCCACUUUCAAGCUUCCCUGUAGAGUUAAAAAUAAGUAUUUCCUUCAAAUUGCCAAAUAUUGUGCCAUACUGAGGGAUAUUUCCUUACUGCAAUGGUAAACGUAUGUUACAAGAGUUUGAGAUACAAUCUCAUUUUCCUUUUUUGUUGCUAACUUCCCUAUGAGCAACUGUGACAGAUUGAGUCCAACACAGCAGUCUGCAAUGCUUAAAAAAAAAAAAAAAAAAAAAAAAAAAAGAAAAAAAAAAAAGAAAAAAAGUAAAAAUAAAGCUCUUGUGAAAGAUUGGGGAUAAAUGAAAAGCACUUGUGAAAGAUUGGGGAUAAAUGAAAAUCACACUAAGUCUUUUAGUGGUUAAAAGAAGCCUAGAGCACUCAUAACAUCCCACUUCAAACUAUAUUGAACCAGAUUUUUGUAUUUUUAUUAUUCUGGAAAGAACUAGAUACAAAUAAAGCUUGUUAAAUGAGCACUUACCAAAGAAGGCAGCAUUUGAUUGACCAGAACUGCGUAAGAUGGAGGCAUUGCACAAAUAGUAGUCUGCAGAUAUGAUUCUAAACUGUUUAAGUGUUACAAGCAUAGGACGAAUGUUUUAACCCUGUGAAAUACUGUGGUCAACUGAACGGUAAUGUUUUAUUUUGUGUGAACUUGAAGAUCCUAGAGAGGAAGAAAUAAAAACCAAAGACACCGAGUUUUUCUCUCUAACUUUCAUUGGAACCAUGGUUGAACAUGACCUGUAAUAGACAGAGACUGUCCUGCUUCACAUUUUAUGGACAGCUGUUUUCACUAGCUUAGACUCAAACUUCUGCCACAGUCAAGACACAUGGUGCAUGCUGUUGAUUAACAUGAUGCAAUUUCACAGUGCAAGCAAAAAAAAGUGUUACACAUCUUUUUCCUGCAUGAAUGAAGGUCACAAGGUCAAAAUUCUUCAUUGUCAUGGAGAGAGUGACAUUUUCCAAGUCACUGUUUUCUCUAUCAAGCUCUGGAGACAGAGUUUGUAUUCGUAAGGAAGUCUUAACAUGAUGCCUUCUGCUGCCAUGGGAUCAGUCAUUCUUCAAAUUAAUUGCAGCAUUUGAUUUAAAAAUUUAAUGUUAUAGCGAGGUCUGUGGAAUUAGCUGCUGCCAGAAGACUCUGUGUUCUUCUGCAGACAGAUGUAGGUGCUGCAAGGGCAUAAUGGUGACAAGAGCAAAAGCUGGGCUCAGAGUUUGCCUGUGAAGUCCUCAUUGGAGUGUCCUGGAGGAGGCACAUAACAUCAGAAGGCAGAUAACAAGUGCUAUAAUUUGUUUUUAGGACCAAAAUUACUGCUGCUUUUUUCUUCUGUUCACGACUUUGUUUUUCCUCAUGCAACUGUCUACUUAUCUUGUGAAAUACAAAUCACUGUGCAAACUUCCAGGCAAUAAAUUACUUU